CUGAUAAACAAAGAGAACGCAAAUCUGAUAAUAAAAGAGUUAAAAACAUUUCACAAAACUACAAUUGGUGUUUUUUUCAUGACAUUGAUUGGCCUCGAGUUCAAUGUCACAAAGCCAAGUGGCAGCUUAGAAUACGUCGUCAAAAUAGGUGAUCUACUCGACGGUCUAAUCAUCCAGUACUUUAGGCGGGUGAAACCAAGUCACAUGCUUACUCCGAAUCUUCAUGUGGAUGUUGAUACAAUUUUGAUAGAGGAGGUGGACUUGAAUACUAUUCUCCGCUUGGAAGACAUAUUGAAAUACAAAUUCAACUUCGUUUCAACCAUUGUUCAUCAGACAGUGGUGUCGGAGCAAGAUCGGGACAUCCUCUCCAUCAUAUCGUAUGUUGGAUGUGGUUUCUCGCUCGUUGGAUUAACCAUCUCAAUACUGACCAUCAUCAUUUCAAGAAAGAUGCGUCGACUAAGAGCCAAUCAAAUACUUCUUCAAAUGUGCUUGUCACUACUAGGAGCUCUGCUGCUUUAUUCAUUUGGCAUCCGGCAACUGRAGGAUGAAUCGAUGAUCGAGACUUGCAAAGCACUUGCAGCACUUUUACACUAUUUUAUAUUGGCAUCAAUGACUUGGGCGAGUAUCGAGGCUUAUAACUUGUAUCAAGACCUAGUCAAGGUAUUUGACACGUCAACGCUUUCUCACAAUGAGUUUAUGGUGAGAGCAAGUCUUGUAGGCUGGGUCCCUCCUGGUAUCAUUGUUGGAGCUACAGUCCUCGCUUCCAAGUAUAGCUAUGGUUUCCAYGUCCCUGACACGAAAAACACCUUGUGUUGGCUGCAUGUUCAUGCCUUUUACGGUGCACUUCUCGCCCCAGUCCUUUUACUUGUCRUUGCAAACAUGAUAAUAUUUGUUAUUGUCAUGAGAGAGAUCUUCAAAAUGCCGCAAGCCCACGAGAAACAUUCCAAACUGUCCCAAUUCCGCGCCACUAUUUCKGUUUUUACUUUACUGGGUCUCAACUGGUUAUUUGCUGGCAUGGCCGCUGCCGCUCCAAAUAUGGUUUUACAGUGUCUGUUCACAAUAACAUGUUCCUUUCAGGGCUUCUUGAUCUUCGUUCUGCACGGUCUCUUAAAGAAAGAUUUCCGCGAUGCCUGGGGACAACUGUCCGCAAAGAACAGGGUCAUGGAGAUGMUUCGUAGCUCCAACARUCAGUCAAUAAAGACCAACACGUCAUCGAUGUCCCAUAAUUCCACGGCGCCAACCAACAGUCUUUCCUUCACUAAUCCUACUCAGGUGAAGUUUGACCGAAUGUCUGAAAUGGAUUCUGGGAUUGAUAUACAGAAAACAGAACCUAUGUGAGCUCAAAGUAUGACAGUUUAUCAAAGCUAUACAUUGUAAAUAUUGAACAAACACGACCUUAGAUGAUUUUUGUUUCAUCAAUUUUUAGAAAUGCAACCAUAAUAGAUUUGAGACAAUAGAGCAAGAUAUUUAAUAUGUGGCCGAGCUUUUCUUGUUGGAAUAUGGCUAACUACCACUUUCUUGGCUGAAACGCGAAAUAGCACUGACUAAAUAGUAUCCAUAUAAAGUAUAUUAAGUGGACAUUGUAUCCAUGGUAAAAUGUCAACCAAUUACGUCUAAUUAUUUCAUAUCACGUCUUUUCAUAUUUUGAGCACAAAACAUUAGGAAACCAAGGUCUUUMUUGAACUGACCACGCACCUCGUACAAAUACUGAACUAUACACCCUUUUAAUAAGUCCCCAGGUAUUGAUUUUUCCGCACUUGACGUCAAAUUUAUUCUUUUGAAAUUUUGACAAUACAAAAGGAAUUCAAAAGAAUAAAUUUGACGUCAAGUGCGGAGAACACAAUACCUUGGGACUUAUUAAAAGGGUGUAUAGACCUUUCUGACAGUACAGAGCUAAAAGCCUAGAACUGCUAACAAUAAACUAUAUAUACGUUUUACAAAAUUAAACGAAACCCAAAUAAUAAUCUUAAAUUAACUAUGAGCAAUAACCAAUUAUCGAAUGGAUUCGURCUGAGGGGAAUUCCCCGCUCAGGGCGACGUUGCAUGGCUCUAUCUAUAUGUCGAUCACAUGACUAAAUCUAUAUUGCGUCAUAAGCUUAAAAAAACAAUGAUCGUUCAUAACACUAAAAUGACAGUGGUGCUUGGACAUUUCCUAAUUAUUCUAUGAUUUUAAAUUGAUUUUAAGUCUAUAAUGAAAUGAUUCCUAGUCAUAAGAACUUGUUGGUAAUUCAAAACUUUUCCUUUUAAUUUAAUACUACUGGUAUCUGACUUUCAAUUGUAAAUUACUGACACUUCUAGAGUGCAAGUCACAUAAGCAUGAAACAAUUCUUAAUAUGUAUUGCUAAAUAAGAUUUAGUUAUCAACUAACUAAGAUUUGAGAACAAUGCUACAAAGGAAUUUAAA